GAGGCGCGCAAAUCGAAAAACCAAGAUGGCGGCUACCGCGGCUACCAGCGAGCCAAGUUACAUGAUAGUAAACAAACAACUUCGGGAUGUUGUACGAGCCCAAGAGACGACCAUUGCACGACUUGUAGCCAUGUGUCAGUCAAACAAGGAGGACUUAGUCCCAAGAGAAGAAUAUGAGAGAUUAUCAAGACAACUCGAGGAUGAAAAACUGGAACAUAUGAAGACUAAAGCAAAGCUUGCAGGCGAAAGUGAGAAACUGCAGUUUGCGCUGGGUGAGGUUGAUAUCCUUAAUAAACAGCUACAGAGAGAAAAGACAGCAUUUGAAAAGGCGUUUGGAAGUUUAAAAAAUAAAGCACAGAUGAAAUCUCAAGAAAGGGAUGACCUUUUGAAUAAGUGUGAAGAGAUGGAAGUUAUUUGCCACAAGCAAGAUGAUGUACUGACAGCUAAAGAAUCGAAAAUCAAAGACCUGAAGAUGAGACUUGCAAAGCAGAAAGAAAACCACAAAAAGCAGCUAUCCGACCUUGAAAUUCAGAGGGAGCAAGAGAGAUAUAUUGUCCUCAAUACUCUUGCAAAAGAUGAAAACAAAGUGAAGAGGAAGAAACGAGUCACUUUUAGAUAAUCUCUUCACUCUUGUUUUCUAUCCAUUUCAUCUUUUUGAUGGAAUUAGAAUUUAUAGUUAGAUUUUGCAAGAUGUCAUUUUAGAAGAAAGCUAGGAAGGACAAGGAAAAUUUGUAAAAAGAUGACAGAGAGAGGGAGAGAUAAAAA